AUGUCCCACGGGACCUACUACGAGUGCGAGCCCCGGGCUGGCCAGCAGCCACUCGAGUUCUCAGGGGCCCGAGUGGGGCCUGGGGAGCUGGGGGACAUGUGUGAGCAUGAGGCCUCCAUUGAUCUGUCUGCCUACAUCGAGUCUGGGGAGGAACAUCUCCUCUCUGACCUCUUUGCUGUGAAGCCGGCGCCUGAGGCCCGAGGCCUUAAGGGCCCUGGAACCCCUGCCUUCCCCCACUACCUGCCGCCUGACCCGCGGCCCUUCGCCUACCCUCCACAUACCUUCGGCCCCGACAGGAAGGCCUUGGGGCCUGGCAUCUACAGCACCCCAGGGAGCUACGACCCCAGGGCUGUGGCUGUGAAGGAGGAGCCUCGGGGGCCCGAGGGCAGCCGGGGGGCCAGCCGCAGCGGCUACAACCCUCUGCAGUACCAAGUGGCACACUGUGGGCAGACGGCCGUGCACCUGCCCCCGGCCCUGGCAGCACCCAGCCAGCCCUUGCGCGUCCUCAAGGCCCCUUUGGCCGCUGCCGCGCCCCCCUGCAGCCCCCUCCUCAAGGCGCCCUCACCGGCCGGCGCUUCGCACAAGGGCAAGAAGGCCGUGAACAAAGACAGCCUGGAGUACCGGCUGCGGCGGGAACGGAACAACAUCGCGGUGCGCAAGAGCCGGGACAAGGCCAAGAGGCGCAUUCUGGAGACGCAGCAGAAGGUGCUAGAGUACAUGGCCGAGAAUGAGCGUCUGCGCAGCCGCGUGGAGCAGCUGACCCAGGAGCUGGACACCCUUCGCAACCUCUUCCGCCAGAUCCCUGAGGCCGCCAACCUCAUCAAGGGUGUAGGGGGCUGCAGCUGA